AUGCCAAUCAUAUUUGAAGAUGAGGAUGAUGACAAUGAAGAAUCGAUUUCCAUUAAUACCGAUAAUGAUAGCAAAUGGAAUUUGUAUGAUGAUAAUAACGAUGAAGCUGAAGAUAAUAGAUUAACUCAUCAUCAUCGAGAGCACGAAGAAUUAAAAGAUCUCGACUGGAAUGAUAUACUUAAUUAUAUCCAACAACUUAAUUAUAAUCACUUGAAAGUACAGGAACGUCAUGAGACUCAUGCUGAAAAUCUUACCAUCCUAUCAAUCCGACGGAAGUCUAUUGGUAGAAAAGUCAUUAUUCGAUUACCAUACAAGGGUACUUCAUUUUACUUUGCUUAUGAACAGCAUUUUCAUCAGAAAUCAAUCGAUUAUAUGAAGCGAACAGGUGCCUACAAAUGGAUACAAGAGUUAGACCGUACCAAUGAAAAUAUCAGUCAAACAUAUUUAGCUCAAAUGGUGAACGGCGUCGAAACAAUGUUGGAUCAUUUACUUGAUUCGGAUUGUAUCUCGGAAGCACAAUAUCUGUUAAUGAACAUUGUGCACAUGUCAAUUCGAAUGCAUUAUCUGUAUUUUAUACCAGAAACUGAAAAGGUGGAUAGGCUUUUCUAUUUUUCUUAA